AUGUGCGACAGAACCCCAGAGUUUCGCUCGCGCUGCAAGGCCGUGCAGGAGGCGACUCCGUCGCUCCGCGCGUUGUGCGACGCGCCUCUCCCCGCGCCGCCGUUUCCUUUCGCCUCUCAGGUCGAGAGUCGCGACCCCGCCAGCGUCUCGCAGCUUGCAUGCAGCUUCGUGUUUCUCGAGAAGGCGGCGCUCUGCGCAGCGGAACAGCGCGCGGUCGAGCGACAACUCCGCGCUCCCCGCGCCUCACACGGUCUCCACGGCGCGCUCAGUUCCGCGGAGUCUCUGGGCGUGACGGCUCCUGGCGCCGACGCCGCUGUGCUGUUGAAGAAGGUCCAUCGUCAGCAGGCACAGCUGCAGGAACUGGAGAAGACGCUGGAGAGGUGGGAGGACGUCGCCUGCCUCGCGAGAGGCCGCGCGGAGUGGGAAGAGGCGCGGGAACGGCGCGUUCGAGCCGACCCCGGCCUGUGGCGCUCUCUGUCCUCGGGCGUCGCGCGCGUCUCGAAAGGGAGCUGGGCGCCGUCCUCGGAGGCGGCUGCGCACCGCCACGCCGUCCUCGGGUGUCUGUACGCCCAGAUGAAAGACCUGGCGAACGAGUUGAAGCAGCGCGAACUGGCGGCGCUCCAGGGCCGGAUGGACAGUCGCAGAUACUUCUCGGCGUUCGGCAACGCCCCGCCGCUCCAGGCUGCUGAUCCGGCGAGGCAGGCAGGCGUGUCUUCCGCGGGGAGAGGCGCGCAGAGAAACAGUGCCUCGCGAGCCGCCACCCUGCACAUGCAAGCGUCGCUGGCCGCCGCUGAGGCGGCGAAGACGGCCGAGCGGAUCCUCCUCCCCAAGAUGCACAAGGUCUCGACGCCCGCGGUCGCUGUCCACAGGCGAGACGGCCAGCGCGCGUCGCUCUCUGCUCCGCGGGGCUCUCCAGAGCCGGGACCGUCCGCUGUAGUCGGAGACAAAACGCGAGAGCGUGGAGAGGGAGACCGCCGGACACGCCUGUCGGAGGUCGAGUUGGUGUGGGCCGGGGAGCCUGGAAGUGCGGGAGCGCCGCGCGCCUUCGCGGCGGAGGCGGAGUGGGACGAAGCUGCGCCGGUGGAUGCCCAGCGCCUCGCACGCGAAGAACAUCAGCUCGUGGAGACGCUCUCGACAGACGCAGAUUUGAUUCAAGACGUCCAGGCGAAGCUGACAGAAAUCGUCCACUGCAUGGACGUCUUCAGCGCCAAAGUUCUCGAGCAGUCGGAGGCCUGUACCCACAUCCGCGAGCUCGCGGACGCCGCAGUCGAGAACGUGGACGGGGCAGAGCGUCACCUCACGAAGGCGAUGGAGCGAACUUCUGCGUACCGCUACUAUGUCCUUCUCUUCUUCCUCGUCGCCGGAUGGCUCGUCCUCCUCCUCGACUUCGUCAAGUCUUCCCGACCCUACCUCUGA